CCGCCGUUUCGCCUCUCUCCACUUUCCCCGUCCUUCGCCGUCGCGGCCGCGUCCUAGUCUAGUCUGAUGGCCAGCCGCUGGGUCCGACCCGAGGUGUACCCGCUGUUCGCGGCGAUGGGAGUUGCCGUUGGCAUCUGCGGGUUUCAGCUCUUCCGGAACAUCACCGGCAACCCGGAAGUCAGGGUAAACAAGGCAGGGAGGGCAGCCGGCGUGCUUGAGAACCAUGAGGAGGGGAGGCGUUACGCCAUGCAUGGCCUCAGAAGCUUUGUGCACGACAAGACCCCCGAGAUCAUGCCAGCUAUCAACAAGUUCUUUACUGACCCCAAGUGAAGCAAAGCAGCUUUGGUUGGCCGCUGAUGACGAUGGUUCUGCUACUAGUUGCCCUUGGGGAUUGUGUACCCUUUUUAUGGCAAUUCGAUAUGUGAAUGAGUUCGACGGUCCCUGUUUGUUCCUCGUACUCACCUGUCAUGUGGAUUUGAUGCACUUAAGUGAUAAAACUGUCAGCCAACGUUCAUUACAAGUGGAUUUUUGCAAACUGGUUAUGUAAAGGAUAAGUAAUUGUAAUUUACAAGUGUUUUAGACUUUGUCUUU